AUGUCGGGGACUGCUUAUACAAGACGAGGCAAAGACUUGAACUUUCCUCCAAAGAAACGGAAUCCUUCCUCUCCAAAGAUUGACUUGAGGUCAGGGUAUCAUCAACAAAAAAUCAGGGCAAGCAGUAUACCAAAAAUUGCUUUCAGGACUCGUUAUGGACACUAUGAAUUCAUUGUCAUGCCUUUUGGUUUGACCAAUGAUCUAGCUAUAUUUAUGGAUCUCAUGAACAGAGGGUUUCAUCAAUACUUAGACCAAUUCAUCAUAGUAUUUAUUGAUGACAUACUCGUGUACUUCAAAGACAAGAAACAGUAUGAGGAACAACUCCGAGUAGUACUUGAAACCUUGAGGAAUGAGAAAUUAUAUGUCAAACUCAAGAAGUAUGAAUUUUGGCUUGAUCGUGUAAGUUUCCUUGGUCAUGUGGUUACCGCCCAAGGAAUCGAAGUAGAUCCUGCAAAAGUAGAAGCAGUAACAAAUUGGCCAAGGCCGAGCAAUGUGGGUGAAGUUCGCAGUUUCUUGGGAUUGGCUGGUUAUUAUAAAAGAUUCAUUGAAGGCUUCUCAAAAAUAGCAGGGCCGAUGACUCAGUUGACGAGAAAGGGUGUGAAGUUUCAGUGGACAGAAAAAUGUGAGAAAUGUUUUCAAGAACUCAAGCAAAGACUAGUUUCAGCUCAUGUAUUGACGAUACUAGAUGGCUAUGAUGGAUUUGUGAUUUACAGCGAUGCCUCCAAAUAG